UACGACUACGAAAUGGACACUUACCAGAAAGGUCUCCAAUAUGGACGCCCACCUCUUACAUUUCAGGCCUCGAAGUGGGAAUCACUAGCAUGUGAACGCAUGUCCGCUGAAUCCAAGGGCUACGUCCACGGCUCCGCUGGUUCGCGCGAGACCGACGACAAGAACAAAUCCGCUUUCAAGAAAUGGAGUAUCGUGCCCAAGAGGCUCACAGGCCACAAGCAAUUUCCCGACCUGACCACCGAGAUCUUUGGCGAGAAGCUACAAGUUCCAAUUGCUAUGGCGCCUGUCGGCGUGCUGAGAAUAUUCAAUCCCGAGGGAGAAGUCGCUGCUACAAAGGCUGCAGCAAAAGAGGCGGUGCCAUAUAUUCUCAGCACGGCAGCCAGCACGAGUAUUGAGGAUGUUGCAGAGGCGAACGGGGAGGACGGUCAGCGGUGGUAUCAGCUAUACUGGCCGAAUCGCGGUAACGAUAAUAUCACUAUUUCGCUCCUGCAGCGUGCGAAGAAGGCAGGCUACACGGCCCUUUUCGUCACUCUGGAUACGUACCUUCUAGGCUGGAGACCCUCGGAUAUGGACAACGGAUAUAACCCAUUCCUAAGAGCUGACCAGAUUGGUGUGGCGCUUGGUUUCUCUGACCCGGUGUAUCGUCAGAAGUUCAAGGAGCAGCACGGUGUUGAGAUCGAGGAGAAAAUGGGCGAAGCGGCGGCUGGCUGGAUGCGCACUAUCUUCAACGGGUUCAGUCACAGUUGGGAAGAUUUGAAGUUCUUACAAGAGCAUUGGGACGGACCAAUAGUGCUCAAGGGUAUUCAGACAAUUGCCGACGCAAAGAAAGCCGCCGAAAUUGGCAUUCAGGGUAUUGUUGUUAGCAACCAUGGAGGUCGCCAGCAGGAUGGCGGCAACAGCAGCUUAGGCAUGCUCCCGCACAUUGUCGAUGCCGUAGGCGACAAGCUGAAAAUUUUCUUCGACAGCGGCAUAAGAUGCGGUGCAGACAUCGCGAAGGCGCUUGCAUUGGGCGCCGACUGCGUGCUAGUAGGAAGGCCGUACGUCUACGGUUUGACGCUAGGUGGCGAAGGCGGAGUUACCCACGUGUUGAAGAGCUUGAUUGGGGACCUUGAAUUGACGCUGCACAUCGCGGGUAUUCCCAGCGUCAGCAAGAAGGAUCUGAACAGAGAAGUUUUGGUGCGGGAG